ACCCAUACAAAACAGAGAACGACUUUGUCCACCGUCUGUACCACACGAUGCUAGGUUUUUAGUUGCCAACCGAUGCCUUCAUCCUAUUCAGUCUACAACGACAAUGAUAUCAUUUUCAGCCAUAUCCUUGCUGUGAACCUUUUAUGAAGUCAGAUGCUCUCAAACUCUCGGUCUCAGACUGUCAGCCUAGGUCCGUCGGAGUUCGCCCGGCGAUUCUACCCAGUAACUGUUUCCGCCCCUAAGAAAGCUAAGGAGCUUGGCCAUGUGUUGUCCACGUUAUGGAGAAUCAGGUCGUUACCCCUUCUGGACGAGCCAGCGUGCUUAAUCUUUUUGUUAAAGAGGACGAUCAGAAUAUCGGAAACAAAAAAGCCCUCACUGAUGAGAUCUGGCAGAUUUGGCAUCUUCCUCCCGAGCACUCAGCUGCCACUUGCUUCUGAAGAAUUUUACAGCAUCAGCCAGUAUCACCAGUAUCGCCAGAAUCACCUUGAAUCAGGUACCUUUGUAGUCAAUAAUCUAAAUAUCCAGAUAGGACGACCCCAAACUCAAAGGAUUAGCGCUAGCCUUGUCGUUGGCGUUACCAUCAUACGACGGGACGGCACGGUUCCGGAGUCGACGCCUCAGGAAUCAUUUUCCCGCGGGGGAAUAGCGUGGAUCUUUACUCCAACAACGUCGAUGAUAACUUUGAUUGUCGACGCUGCUUCCCUUUACCAUAUCGGGCAAUGGUAUUCCUGUCAGAUGACAGCAGGAUCGGGGACCGAUUAACUGUAUCGGGAAUAUUUCUUGGUACGCAUUGGCGCAGUGUGGCGUUGUCUUAUAUUGCUGGAUGUUUUGACUACAUCUAUAAACUGAUGACGUCUAGAUCUACUAAUUCGGGCCUUUGUCUUCAAACCUACGAUAAGAUAUUUGUCCUAUCUUGAGAUAGU